AUGAGUUACGCCCCAAGAGGAGGAAGAUACCAUAACCAUAACCAUAAUCACAAUAAUGGCAGCCACAAUCAAUCAAGACGAUACAAUGACAGCAGCAACAACAACAACUACAACAACAGUAAUAAUGAUUCAGUAAUAACAUGUUCAUUCUACAACAAGAUUGGUGCUUGUCGACAUGGUGAAAAAUGUUCCAAAAAACACAUCAAACCAACAACAAGUAAGACCCUACUACUAGCUAACUUGUAUCAAAACCCCAAGUUAAACAAGAAUGAAAGUGAAGAAGUAACCGAAAAGCAAAUUCAAGAACAAUUUGACUUAUUUUACCAAGACAUAUUCAUCCAUUUAGCCAACAUGGGUGAAAUAUAUGACUUUGUCGUGUGUGAAAAUGAAAACAAUCACUUGAAUGGUAAUGUCUAUGUCCAAUUCGUGUCAUCACUGGAUGCAUCUACUGUUAAUACAACGUUAAAUCAAGAAUGGUUCAAUGGCCGACCAGUACAUUCAGAUUUAUCACCAGUGACCGAUUUUGCUGAUGCUCGUUGUCGCGCUUAUGAUACAAAUUCAUGUGAGAGGGGCGAAAUGUGUAAUUAUAUGCAUAUUAGACAACCAUCGCCAAAGUUGAGGGAGUUAUUGUAUAAAGCGCAGGAUAAGAUGUAUAGUGGUGUUAAAUUGGAGAAAUUGAAACAGCAGUUGCAUGAAAUGAAUGAACUGGGACUUACCACAGUGGGAAUAGUAGGUGCUGGUGCUGGCAAAGAAGAAGAAGAAGAAGAUGAGGAUGAUGACGAGGAUGGUGGUGGUGAAAUUAUUAAACAAGAUGCCAAUAAGUUACUCAAUCUGCUUUUCUAA